CCCCCUCCCAUCCUCUCUCCCCUCUCCUCUCCAAAAACACGUGUCGAACCUGUCCGAUUAUCGACUUGACUUACUCACAGGGUACCUGCGGGUUUCAGUGGCCACGACGAGGGCUUAUGUUUGCUUUUUCUUUUCGUUUCUUCCCUUCUAUGUUGGGGACUAGAGGCUUUUCUCUUGCGUAGGUCAAGUCUUGGCCCGAGAGGCUUUUCGACACCGCCGACUCUGCUAAGCACUAGAGAAAAUCUCAUCCCGUCCCGCGCCUAUGACGCUCAAUACUGACUAUCCGUUGUGCUAUCUAUCUCCCAAUCCUCCUUCUUCUCUUCUUUCUUGCUUCUCUCGCCCUCGAUGCUCCAGACAAUUCCGUACCUACGUAUUUGCGUAGACUUGUCCACCUCGCUUGUUUUGUUGCCUGUUACCCGGUGUUCCCCCUGUUUCCUGGAGCUCUUCUCAGUAUAUGCACACAUACCCUCUCUACCCGAUGUAUGUGUCUACUGUAUAUACCGUCGUCAUCAGCUAGUUUCCCUCAGGGUGGUGGGCAGCCAAUCUGCCGAUCAUCCCAACUCCAGCUCCGUUCGAGAUCUCGGAGGCCUUUGAGCCGGAUAAGGUGCUUUCGGUUUUCUGAUGAUGGUCUUCCUGAGAGAGAGAUCCCGGCACACUCGGCGAGGAGGUGCGCGCAGGCUCCCCUGUAACCUAAGGUAGGUUGUUACUCGCAAUAUACAUACAGAUACAACGGUGAGAUUGUGGAAAUGGCCUCCGUCCCCUCUAUACUACAGAAUAUCUACCUAUAAUAAGGGG